AAAGUAUUGGGUGAAGAGAUUCGAAGGUCGGUUCCACCAGAAGACGACGGCGGAUUCCUCUUGACCAGCUGUCGAUACUUUACUGGAAGAUUCAUGCUGACGCUGUUUCCGAGGCAAUCUCCUUCGAUUCCGGUGAACCCGUGCUGGCUUUACUGGAAGAUUCAUGCUGACGCGGUUUUCGAGGCAAUCUCCCUCGAUUCCGGUGAAAAGAUUCAUGCUGACGCUGUUUCCGAGGUAAUCUUCUUCGAUUCCGGUGCAAACUUGCUUAGUUUCGUGCGUCGGAGGUCGGUUCCACCAGAAGACGACGGCGGAUUCCUCUUGACCAGCUGUCGAUUGGCUUUACUGGAAGAUUUGUGCUGA